UAUAACUUUAGUGUCAAAUAUGUUUUUUUUUUCUCUUUUAAUGUUCGUUUAAGAACAUUACAUGAGUGCAAUGGAAUUAAAUAAUUAACGAAAUGGAUUAUUUAAGAGUAAAAAAAAAAAUUGGGGGAGAUUUUGACGUUGAACUAAGUAAUGUCAAGGACACUUCACUGUUGCCACCUAAAGCAAACAAGAAUUGAGCAGUAAUUGUAAUCAUAUUCAAGAAGUCUCAGUUGAUCUUCGAAAAAUCCUUUUUAUUACCGCUAGUUAGUUGCCAAUUUAAAAAAAAAUAAAUUUAUAAGUGAAUUUCUAUUUUAAUAACAGUACAAUGCAAACGGGAAAACUUAUAUACAUUUUUAUUUUGCAGCGAUAAUAAGUGCAUAAGUAUAAUUUACCUAUUUAGAUACAUUGCUUAUUAAGGCUUCCUAAAGUUCAUACAUUUUACAUAUAUAAAAAAAAACAACAAAAAAAACUUCUAUCUUAUAUAUAAAUCUCCAAUGAUGAACAAUUGAAAUGAUGCCGCAAGUCUGGAUACACAUUUAUAUGUCGGUCAGAAUUUUCUGAACAAGAAAAUGGAUUAUACGAUCUUCAUGAUCAGUCUACUAUCUGCUGUUACUUCUACAGGGGCCAUUGAUUUACACUCUUUCACGUGUUCGUCGGCUAAGGAAGGGGGCCAAGGUUACGUCACCCUGAAAUGGUAUGACGUCACGACAGUGAAAGUAAAAAAAGAUGGCCGAGACGUCCUCAUCUGUAUGUCCAAUCAAAAGCACUGUGAAUUAUUUCAACCUUUUGGACCAAAUGUACGUUUAUCACAAUCGAAAGACAAAGACAAAGAUGGAUUAAUAACAUUAGUUAUCCAGAUCCACAGAGCAACUAGAAAAGGGGCUAACCCAACGUCUGGAGUUUGGACCCUGGCACAAGUUGGAAGUCAUAAUAAACAGUUAGACGCCAACUGUAUUGUGUAUGAGAUUGCUGACACCGUCGAUUGCCAAUAUCAAUUUCUUAAUGACAAGAUGAAUGUCAACUGCAACACAAGCGGGACUAUCCCAGAAGCUUUAUGUCAUUUUAAGCUAGAUACCAUGAAUACUGAACGUUUGAAGGUCAAGGUUCACCAUGAAAUAACGUCACGUUAUUGUUCUGCUGUCAUUGACCUGCCUACAGCUCGUACCAGAGAACUGAUACUAGAAGUUGGCGUCUAUCCAAACUUAACGGGCACAGCUGGCGACAGACUAUUCGGGAGAAACGCAUCUUACGUAUUUAAUUUAGAGAAGACGUCAAUAUCAUGUAGCCCCACCGUUGAAGGCGGCACUAGUCAUAUAGACAUAAAUUUGGACAGCAAAAUCCCGGUUGACAUCUACAAAGAGGACACCCUUGUAUUUCGUUGUCACAAGUCUGAUCAAUGCGAGCCAAAUAAUUCCAUUUCUUUACUUCCAACUAACAAUAUAACUCGUGGGAAAACAAAUAUCCAUAUUACUAUAUUUAACGCAUCAAGACUUGGACGCUUACCCAUUUCUGGAACUUGGAAGCUAAAAUAUUUUGGAAGAAUGAAAGGCGAUCAGACCAGCUGCUUAAUCUUCGAAAAACCCAGAUCUGUUCAGUGUUACCAAGAAAAUAAGAAUUACGGUGUCAAUCUAAUUUGUCACCUAUCCUAUGUUUAUCCGCUGUUCAAAUGUCAAUUUACGACGCUCAACAAACACAACUUGAAAACACACUUUGGGGACAUAACUUACAGUCACGUGUUGACCUCAAGUGACCCUAUUUACCACAACAUGUCGUGUAGCGUAAACAUAUCCUGGGUCGAUCUGACCUCUGACCGUGUGCAGGUCAGCGUGUCGAUGUACGCUAACGUCUCGGGAUUAAACUCUGACACAGAGGAGGGAUCGGUGAAACUACACAUGUAUAUAGAUGUCCCAAGUCUGCAUCUGAAAGACUGUCCAGCAAGAGUGGAGAGAGGCGCGACUGUACACUGUAUCUGCAGCAGCAACCUUAAAGACGACAUUGUCUCUUGGUUUGAAGAAAGAAACCAGCAACUCCUCGCUGAGACUCUAUUGAACUACACUGCUGUCUAUUCUAUGGCAUUUCGUUGUCAGCUGUCCGCGUCAAAACGUUCUUCUGGAAUCCAUCAAAUAUUCAACCCAAUCAUAGCAUAUCCACCAACAGUUAGAAAGGUCUCCGAGGCAAACCCAAAUGAAACUAAUUCCGGCACUGGGUGGAUUAUAGAGUGUGACAUUGAAGGGAUUGAAGGUCAGAACGUGGAACUAGUCCGACGAGAUGCAGCCAUUACCUGGGCAAGCGACGACUUCUCCAAGCAAUGGAGACUCAACAAUGAACAUUGCCAGGAAUCAAAGUACUUUGAGUGCGUAAUGUCAGCAACGGAUCACAAUAGAAACGCCUCUCUGGCAGUACAGUACACAUGUAACUCUCAUCAAGACUCAAGAAUGCGGCUGAUAUUUGUAUACGUUGGUAUUGGAGCAAUGGUGGCGAUAUCUUUUGCUGUAAUAGCUGUGGCAGUCUAUUGCAAGACCAAACGAAAGAAGGCCAGAAAAGCCAGCUACAGCUACCAGGGAGGAGUUCGCUUUGAGAACUCAUUCUAUACCGGCUUUGAAAUUCCAACAGAAACUGGUCGCAACUCUGUUCUUUUUGAGCACCUCUGACGUCUUGAAUCAAGUGCGAAACUUCCAGAAUGCCUGGGCAUUACAUUUCGUAUUGGAUCAUCUUUAAAUGUAUUAUUUUAAGGCUUAUUUUUCUUUUUAAGUUUAGCUUUCUUCACAUUUUAUGAGAUGGUAGUUUGUAAUAUACCAGCAUUUAUGAAAUUGUUGUAAGCCUGUUUUUAAAAGUUCUGUCUUGUAGUUGCAUGUCUGACUUCGACAGAUUUAUCUGGAGAUAUCUGAAUGUCUUGUAUGGGUGUAUUUAUUGCCAGUAUGAUUUAAUAGACCGACACUAUCACAAGAACAAGCGAAGUUCAGACUGUUAAAUAACUUAAACGAAGUUUAAUACGUUAAGGCCACAGUUGAGUCUCUGUCAUUAAUACCAUGUUGUCACCUCGAAGUCCCAACAGUACUAACACCAAUUAAUUAAAAUUAACAUGAAAAAUCCAAAAAGCCCACUAUCCGUGACGUCACUAAACGUUCCAAUUCUGUCCACUACGAUGCAUCGCUAGGCUAAGUGCCGAAGACUUUGUCACGCUUAAAAAACGUAAACGGGACACAAGGUCAAGGCUAGUCGCAAGAAUGUGACGUCACAUGCUCAGAUGAUCAUGAGUUCAGAUCAAAGUGCGUGAGCUACGUGAGGUCACAAAAAAGGCGGGAAUAAUGAAUGUGAAGGCUGAAAGACUGUACGUGAGAGGAAGGCUCUAGACUAGAGCAGCGAUGGCCAACCUAAUUCGACUUGCGGGCCAUUUUAAUUUCCGACGCUCGUGUCGCGGGCCACAUGACCCAAAAGGUACAAAAACGAAAUGAAAUCGACCUGAAACUAUGUGAUUAGAAACUUACAUUAAUGAUUAGACAUUGGAAGUGUAUCUUUUUUUACGCGUCGGAAAGUGACUUCAUUUCUUUACUUAAAAACAUAGUAUCUAGUUUUACCAAACGCUCAUUUUUUUUUUCUUUUUAGUAAAUAUUCUUAUAAAUCCUUCAAACUAUAGGCUUAGUUUAACCAUCUUUUAUUCGCGGCUCAAAUCAAGAAUGCAGUCCAAUUUGUUUCAUAAUGUCAUAUGUUGCUCUUUUUUUUUUAAACAGCUACACUUUCUUUACAAAUCAAAUAUGUUGGCUUAUUAUCAUGCUCCACGAAAGUGUACAAAUCUGUUUAACUUUCCAGGUAGAUUCUACUUUUCCAUUUCAUAAACGAACAAAUGUAAAAGGUUAACAGUGAAGGCCCUAAUGUAGGAAAAGAUACAUAUUUUAUCCUUUUUUUUAUGAAGGGGGGAUUUUCUACAUUUUGUGCUGACGUUUCAGCGGGCUAGAUAGAACCACGUCGACCCUCGGGCCGUAUUUUGGGCAUCACUGAAUUAUUUUUUCUACUAUACUGGCAAACAAAAAGAGUGCUCUGCCCAUGGUAACUUACUGUUGCCUAUUUUAAAAUUAAUGAAUAUUUAGCUAUGUAAUCCCAAAAUCACAUUGUAUGUUAGGUGGUGUCCUUUCCAAAUUGAUUCAUUAAUUGUGUAAAUUCUGAAGUUUCCUAUAUAGAAAAGAAUAAAAAGAAAAGCUCAACGCUUCAGUGAGAUUAACAGAUCAGGUGAAAGUGUAGGCCAUUAUAACAUUCUACAUAAGAACUUAUUCAAAAAAAAUAUGAAGAAAAAGAAAUUAUUUUCUUACAUUUACAAUUUAUAUAAGCGUCUUUGGAUCUGUCAGUUAUUACAUUUGUAAUAGAUCUAGGCCUAGAGGUUUUGGGGACGAAAUUAUUGAAGGAGAUAAUUGACGUCAGUUGCAUUUAUAAUCAGAGUUAGGACUUACAAAAACGUGAGACCUAGAUGUCGCUAGUUUAUAGCAUAGGAAUGGGUUAGUCUAUUUGAUCAUCCAUAAUAUUAUAGAAUCCUGUAUCUGAAUUGCAGUCUCUGAAUUGUAUCUAUAUUUAUUGUUUUCAGAUCGACUUUAAAAGAAUAAAACUCCAAGAGAAUUACA